AUGUCUCAUAAUAUUCUCGUCACUGGUGCCUCUGGGUACCUUGGAGGAACUCUCCUUGCCCGUUGGAAAAGCGCCAAUCUCCCUCCAUAUGGGAAGCUGUACGCCCUUGUCAGAUCAGAUCAGCAAGCGGAAGCCGUCAAGCAAUAUGGCGCCGAACCCCUGGAAUUUGAUCUCAACGACAAGGAGGAACUAAGAAAUGGCAUUGUGGGCAACGAAAUUUCCAUCAUAUUUUGGCUCAUCGACUCCUUCAGUGAUAAGCACCAGCCACCCUUGAUUGAGGCUCUGGCGGAAGUCAAGGCCAAAACAGGAAGAGAAGUUCAUUUUAUACAUACAGGGGGCGCGAAGCAUUUUAGCAGUCACGCAAAUCUUCCCACAGACAAGCCUUUGCUUGACACGGAUCCGAAGCUUUAUGAAAUAUUGAAAACCAGCACGUCCCCCCUCGAGUAUUUCGCUCAAACUAUUAAAACAAACGUAUCUAUUAUUGAUACUUCCGAGAAAUAUGGAGUGCGAGGCUAUAUAUUCGCUCCUUGUAUCGUAUACGGGCAAAGUGAAGGGUUUGGAAAUCAAAUAUCAAUUCAAACCGUAGCAAUUGUGAAGGCAGCUAAGAAGGCUCGAAGAGUUUACAAGGUUGAUCCUGGAAACCCGACCUGGCCGGUCUGCCAUAUUGUGGAUAAUACUACGCUCUAUGUCGAAAUGCUGCGUAAUAUGCUCCUGAAUAUUGACAUUGGCUACAACAAGAAUGGAUUUUACUUGGCCGCAUCAGGCAGCGUGGCCUGGGAAGAUAUAUACAAGAGUAUGGCCACGGCAUUAGCAAAACGUAACCUUGUGGAUGACGACAUUGUCUCGCAAGCCGAUAAUGCAGUCCUGGAAAAAAUGGCCGAGGGACUCGGGGCACCAUCGAAUCUUGUGAAUGUGAUGUUAGGCGGAAAAUGCACGUACACUGCUGUGCAUGGCACGCAAAUUGGAUGGAAACCUCAGUACCCUCCUGAGCACAUCCUCGAGACUGCCGAUGAAGAGGUUGAGCUAAUCCUGAAACAUAUCAAUGAAUAG